AUGGAUCAAGACAAAGACGGAGUUAUAAGUAAAGGGGAUUUAAAAGAUUUGUAUGCAACUUUGGGAAGUAUUGCAAGUGAGUCACAAAUUGAUGCAAUGUUGAAAGAAGCUCCGGGGCCAAUUAACUUUACGGUGUUUUUGACUUUGUUUGGUGAAAGACUGACUGGAACUGACCCAGAAGCAACGAUUGUUGGAGCUUUUCAAAUGUGGGAUAAGUCUGACUCUGGUUUCAUCACGGAAGAAGCUUUAAUGAAAAUUUUGAAGAAUAAAAGGGGCGAGCCUCUCAGUGAGGAUGAGGUUCAGUCAAUGUACAAGGGCAACCCUCCGAUUAGCGGAGGCAAGUUUUAA